AUGGCUGAUCACCUGGAUAAGGCCUUAAGCGAGCAAGUUAUGCGAAUAAAUCAAGCAAAUAAUCAAUCCAAAACAAUGGCGCUGAUAGCAUCUAAGGUCUCGCAGCUCAGUACACCACAGGACUGGAUACAAUGGUUCAGCAUGGUGAAAACAACUGCAAUGGAUCAAGAUGUGUGGUCCUACUGCGACCCUGAUAAAAGCAAUGAGCUAGUUCAGCCAGGCGAUCCAAGUCAGCUAACAGCUACCCAAGAGCGGCUGUAUACGCUUAAGAUCAACGAUUACGAGCGGAAGCGGAAAGGACUAGCCAAAGUCAAUGCGACCAUCCAAGGCACAGUUUGCGAGGACUACCAGACCUACCUUUAA